AGAGGAGGAGCCAGAUCCAAAGCUGAGUUGUGCUGGGCCAAGACUAGAAGAGGGCCAGGGAGAGGGCACUGCCAGGCCGGGGGCACUGCUGGGACAGGCAGGGCUGCCACCCAACCCCACCAUGAACGGGAGGAAGAGAGGGAGUCCCUCCCGAACCCACUCUAUGAUGUCCCUGUCUGUGCGGCCUCAGCGUCGGCUUCUCAGCGCUCGGAUCAGUAGGAGCCAGUCCUUCGCCGGGGUUGUCAGCACCCAGGAACGAGGGCCCAGGAGCCUGCCUGUCUUCAGUCCACCUAUACCCCCGCGCAAGCCUCCUGUAGUUUCGCGGGUCUCCAGAAUGUUCUCCAUGGCCCACAAGACCCCACCACCAAAGGUGCCACAGCCUGAGCGGCUGGACCAAGUGUACGAAGCACUCAAGAGGGGACUAACGGCCUAUCUGGAAGUCCAUCAGUUGGAGCAGGAGAAGCUGAACAUCCAGAUCCGUGAAUCCAAGAGGAAUUCCCGGCUGGGCUUUGUCUAUGAUCUUGACAAGCAAGUCAAAUCCGUUGAGCGCUUCCUGCGACGGCUUGAGUUUCACGCCAGCAAGAUCGAUGAGCUUUACGAAGGAUACUGCAUUCAGCGAAGACUUCGGGAUGGGGCCCAAAACAUGGUGCGGGCAUACAGCACGGGCUCCCCUGGGAGCAGGGAGGCCCGGGACAGCCUGGCAGAGGCUAGCAGGGGCCAUCGUGAGUACAUGGAGAGCAUGUGCCUCCUGGAGAGUGAGCUGGAGGGUCAGCUAGGGGAGUUCCACAUCAAAAUGAAAGGCCUGGCUGGCUUUGCCCGGCUUUGUGCUGGGGACCAGUAUGAGAUCUGCAUGAAGUACGGGCGGCAGCGCUGGAAGCUGCGAGGCCGCAUUGAGGGCAGCGGGAAGCAGGUGUGGGACAGUGAAGAGAUGGUCUUUCUGCCUCUGCUCACCGAGUUCCUCUCCAUCAAGGUGACGGAGCUGAAGAGCCUGGCAAACCACGUAGUGGUGGGCAGUGUGGCUUGUGAGACCAGGGAUCUAUUUGCGGCCCGACCGCAAGUGGUGGCUGUGGACAUCAAUGACCUGGGCACUAUCAAGCUCAGCUUAGAAGUCACCUGGAACCCCUUCGACAAAGACGACCAGCCUUCAGCUGCCAGCACAGUCACCAAGGCCUCCACGGUCAGCAAGCGCCUCUCCGCCUACAGCCAGAGCCCCCCUGACACUCCCUCCCUGAGAGAACAGGCCUUUUAUAACAUGCUGCGACGUCAGGAGGAGUUGGAGAACGGAGCAGCCUGGUCCCUGUCAUCUGAGUCAUCUGAUGACUCGUCCAGCCCCCAGCUCUCUGGGGCUGCUCGCCUGGCUCCACCUCCCCGGCCGCUGGUCCAGCAGGCUGCACCUCCUGCCAUCCAUAUUGCCUUCUCGCGGCCCGAGCCCAUCCAACCCAAGGGUCAAGGGGUUACCCCGGAGGAGGAAGAGGAAGAGGAAGAGUCUCCAAGCGCAGCUCCAGUCACCGGGAUGGCCAAUGGGCAUGCGCCCUACAGCCGGACACUGAGCCACAUCAGUGAAGUCAGCUUGGAUGCUGUACUGACCGACACCCACCUAGGAUUGGAGCCCAGCACCACUGAGAGCUUAGCCAGAGGGGAGCCAGACUGGGGCCCUGCUCUCGUGCACCAUGUUCCCUUACCCUUGGACCCUGCCCCCCUGCACACUGCCCCCUCUCACCCAGACCCUGCCACCCUGCACACCGCCUCCACUCACCCAAACCCUGCCCCCCAGCACACUGCCCCUUCUCACUCAGACUCUGCCCCCCUGCCCAACGCCCCCUCUCACUCAAACUCUGCCCCCCUGCCCAACGCCCCCUCUCACUCAGGCUGUGCCCCACUGACCACCACCCCCUCUCACCCAGAUUCUGCCCCACCCACUGCCCCCUCUCACUCAGGCUCUGCCCCCUCGCCCACCACCCCUUCUCACCCGGACCCUGCUCUCCCGACCACCUUCUCCUCUCACCCAGACCCUGCCCCCCUGACCACAGCCCCCUCUCACCCAGACCCUGCCCCCCUAACCACAGCCCCCUCUCACCCAGGCCCUGCCCCUCUGACUACUGCCCCCUCUCACCCAGACCCUGCCCCCCCGACGACUGCCCCCUCUCACCCAAGCCCUGCUCCCUCAAAGCCAGAUUCUGUCCCUCCGCAUGCAGGCCCUGUCCUCUCACUCUCAGAACCUGCUACCUUGAGCCUGGGCCCUACCUCUUCACCCCCAGGCCCCUCCAAACAUGAGUCUUCCCACUCAGACUCUGCUACUUUGCAUGCAAGCUCUGUUCCCUCAUACCCUGUCCCCUCAGAACCUACAGACACCUGCCGGGACCCCUCCCCCUUUCACCUAAAUCCUGCCCCCUCUCCCUGUCUCCCAGAGCCUGGCUUCUCCCUGUGCCUUGGGGCUCCAGGAGAGCAGGAGGAAGCUCAGGAGGCCGCUGUAGAGGCCGGAGCCCCCCUCCUCCCCAUUUCCCCUAGCGGGACAGCUGAGAAGGGGGUCAGAGAGGGCUUGGCUCCCAUUCCCUCCCCUUUCCAGGCGGGGCCAGUGUCCCCAGGAAGGACCCAGGCUGGGCCGGCGGACACCCCCCGGGUGAAACCUGCAGACUUAGGGCUGGAGGAGGCCCUGAGCACCCUGAGCUCAGCCCUGGAUGACUAUCGGGGCCAGUUCCCCGAGUUGCAGGGCCUAGAGCAGGAGGUCAAGCGGCUGGAAGGCAUUCUCAUGCAGAGACAGGGAACGUCCCGCAGCCGAGCCUCCAGCCUCAGCCUCACUGUGGAGCAUGCCUUGGAAAGUUUCAGUUUUCUCAACACCCCCGAUUCGGACUCUGAUGCUGACCUCAACACCGAGGAAGAUGGGCUGGGAGCCCCGGCGGACCCGCAGCUGAGUGUCUUGGGGCUUGGGCUUGAGGCCAGGGGUAGUGUCUGUGAGGAUGGGCCAGACCCCCGGACCCCCGACCCCCUCAGUACGGGCUGCGAGUCCCUGGACGUAGCCCUGGUUCUGCAUCUGCAGCAUUGCAGCCGACUCCUGCUGAAGCUGGGCACCUUCGGGCCACUGAGGUGCCGGGAAGCUUCGGCGCUGGAGCGGCUGCUGCGAGAGGCUCAGGUGCUAGAGCUUAUGUGCCAGCUCAGCGGGGGCCAGGCAACCGCAGCCACCUCAGCUCAGGAAGUGGUGCAGUUCUCCAUGCCGAGGCCUGGCUUCCUGCCCUUCUGGGAUGAGUGCGUGGAAGGCUCGGGACUAUUUGUCUGUCCUGCAGAGCGCCUCCUUCGCACCUUCUGCCACCAGCACGGUCCCCGCCUGGCUCCCCGCCAGCCAGGCCUGCCCGAAGCCGUGGGCAUGAAGCUGCUGGAGGAUGCACUAGGGGAGCGCCUGCCACGUCGGCCUAGCACAGGUCCUGGCCCCCAGAUCACCCUGUUCCAGUUCUGGAGCCACAUUGAGGCCCUGGGUCCCCCAUCUCUGGAGGCCUUUGCCACUGAAACUGCAGAGGAAGUGGUGUUGGUGCGUAAUCUUCUGUCGGAUGACCAGGCUGUGGUGCUGCGGGCCCUGCAGCGGGCACCGGAACAGCAACUCCAGAGAGAAGGGCUGCGGGCACUGAGCUCCCUGCUUGUCCAUGGCAAUGGCCGAGUGAUAGGUGCAGUGUCCAAUCAACUGCGCAGCCUGGCACUCGGCCCCAUCUUCCGCCACAGGGCUCUGCUGUGUUUCUUGGACCAACUAGAAGAUGAGGAGGCCCAGAUCCGUGUGGCUGGCUGUGUGGCUCUGGGCUGUCUCAGGGCCCCAGAGGGCAUUGAGCCGUUGGUGUAUCUGUGCCAAACUGACAAGGAGGCAGUGAGGGAAGCUGCCCGGCAGGGUCUCCUUCAGUGUGGAGAGGAUGGGAAGUCUGCGUACCGGCGGCUGGAGGAGUCGCUGGACACGCUGCCCAGGAUCUUCGGGCCGGGCAGCAUGGCCAGCACUGCAUUCUAAGCUUUGCUCCCCACUGCUUGCUGACCACUGUCCAUGGGCAUGGCACCAGGAUCGGGGGGCCCCCACUACUUGCGCCCUUUUUCCCCUGUUGCACAUCCUUCAGGACCAUGGUCUUACCCAUUGGCACCGCUCCCUGCCCAAGAGUCCCAGCUCCUGGAAGCUGGAAGGAGGCAGUACCUGCUGGGGAAGGCCAAGACCCAGGCUCCGGGGUUCCCUAACCUUAUACAGAUGUUCUCUAUGAUAUAAAUCUCUCUAAUAUAUUCUCCCAUGUCCCUUUGUCUCCAAGUGUCCCGUACAGGCCCACCGGGCCCGGGAUCCCCGGUCGCCCUUGCCUCGCCUCUAUCUCCACCCAACCCCUAUCCUCCACCCUGUCUGGUUUUGUAUUUUAUUUACGGAGUUUUGCAAAAAAUAAAAACAAAAAUCCCUUUCCUAUU